UAACUUUCUAGUCAAACGCACAUUACGGCGAUUGUUCUCGCAUUCUAUAUAUAACCCUUGAAACCUACUUAACAACUUUGUACCCAGAGAAAAUGGAUAAGAAAGGAACUCCAUCUUCACCAAUGCCGUUUCAUCCACACUUUCUUCUGAUGAUGAUGUUGAUCUUUUUCCCGCUUUUAUGGGCGGAUUCAGAUUCACAUUCAGUCUAUGAAUCUUUCGUCUAUUGUUUAUCAAAUCACUCAAUCCCACCAAGUCAAAUCUCUUCGAUACUCUACAGCCCCAAGAACCAAUCAUUCAUCACUGUGCUUCAAUCCUACAUUCGGAACGAGCGGUUCAACACCUCAUCCACGCCCAAACCGGCGGUCAUCGUCACGCCGACGGACCAGACCCACGUCCAGGCAGCCGUGCUAUGCGCCAAAAGCAUCGGAAUUCAGCUCAAAAUCCGAAGCGGCGGCCACGACUACGAAGGAAUCUCCUACGUCUCUGACGUGCCCUUCGUCAUCCUCGAUAUGUUCAAUCUCCGUUCGAUUUCGAUCGACCCGAAAUCCGGCACCGCCUGGGUCCAGGCCGGCGCCACUCUCGGCGAGCUCUACUACAAAUUAGCGUCCACCAGCAAUACGUACGGUUUCCCCGCCGGCGUUUGCCCGACUGUCGGCAUCGGCGGCCACAUUAGCGGCGGCGGGUACGGGAAUAUGCUCCGGAAGUACGGCCUGGCUGUGGACCACGUGCUAGACGCCCAGUUAGUGGACGUUAAAGGCAGAGUUUUGGACAGAGAGGCCAUGGGAGAAGACCUGUUUUGGGCCAUAAAAGGCGGCGGCGGCGCCAGUUUUGGGGUUGUUUUGGCCUAUAAACUUGGGCUGGUUCCGGUGCCGGAGACGGUGACAGUGUUCCGGGUUGAGAAGACACUGGAACAGAACGCGACGGAGGUUGUCUUUAAAUGGCAGUUCGUUGCGGAUAAGAUUGAUAAUGAUCUUUUCAUCAGGCUUCUUCUGCAACCGAUCACUAGCAAGGAGAAGAAGAAUCAGAAGACCAUUAGAGCAUCUUUCAUAGCCAUGUUUCUGGGUGAUUCCAACAGGCUCCUGGAAGUGAUCAACAAAGAUUUUCCCGAGCUGGGACUGAAGAAAGAGGACUGUAAAGAAAUGAACUGGAUCGAAUCGGUGCUUUACUGGGCGAAUUAUGACAACAAAACUUCGCCGAAAGUCUUGCUCAACAGAACCUACGACGCGCUCCAGUUUCAGAAGCGGAAAUCGGAUUAUGUCCAGGCCCCAAUUUCCAAGGCCGGGUUGGAAUCAAUCUGGAAGAAGAUGAUUGAAUUGGGGAAAACCGGGUUGGUCUUCAACCCGUACGGCGGCCGAAUGAGCGAGAUUCCUGCGUGGGCGACGCCGUUCCCCCACCGCGCCGGCAACAAAUUCAAGAUCCAGUAUUCCGUCAACUGGAAAGAGGCAGGCGCCGAGGCGGAGAAGAACUACGUGGGGCAAACCAGAGAGCUGUACAGCUUCAUGACACCAUUCGUGUCGAAGAACCCUAGAUCAGCGUUUCUGAACUACAGGGAUCUGGACAUUGGGGUCAACGACAACGGCAAGGAUCGUUACAGAGAAGGGAGGGUGUACGGGGUGAAGUAUUUCAAUAGGAAUUUCGACAGACUGGUGAAGGUGAAGACGAUGGUUGAUCCGGAGAAUUUCUUCUGGAACGAGCAGAGUAUACCGCCAUUUCGGUCAUGAAGAAGAAAGUGGAGCUGGAGCGGAGAGAGGCGGCGGAGGAGUGAGCUUUGUGGGUUUCUGUUUAACUGUCGUCUCGGGCAUGGCCUUGUCUGUAAUUCUUCUGUAUCAUUGACAUUUGAUACGAUUACAUUAUUAAAAAAAUAAUAAUUAUCCUAUUACUUAGAAUAA